AUGUAUUGGCUGCUUCUCCUGCUGUUGGGCUUCAGGCUGGGCCGGGGUUGCCCAGCUUCCUGCUCGUGUCUGGGGCAGUGGGUGGACUGUAGCUCCAGGGGUUUGCUGACAGCCCCCACCGACAUCCCCGGGGAUGUCAGGAACCUGAGUCUGGCUCACAACACAGUGACUGUCCUGCCUCUCGGUUACUUCAGCUGCUACCGGGAGCUCCUGGUGCUGAGCCUGAGGAACAACUCCAUCACCGACCUCCCACUCGGACUCUUCUUUCCUCUCAAGAAACUCACCGUCUUGGACCUGAGUUACAACAACCUGACACAGGUGACAUCUGGGCUGUUGCAGCCGGUGGAGAAACUCUCUCGCCUGGUCCUGAGCCAUAACCCCGGCCUGUCAGUCAUCAGCUCCCAGGCCCUGUCCGGCUUGACCCAGCUCCAGCACCUGGACCUCAGCUACAAUGGCCUGACCUCCCUGGACCUGGAGACAGUAAAGAAGCUCCCGGCCCUGAUCUCGCUCCAGCUCGCGGGCAACCCCUGGCUUUGUGGCUGCAACAUGGAACCGCUCCUGAAGUGGCUUCUCACCAACCCGCACAACUGUAACUCCGAUUCCGGGGAGCUGGAAUGUUCCGGGCCGAAUGAAAUCAAGGGAAUCCGUUUUUUCUCACUGACAGACGAGAGUUUCCGCGCCUGUCGUCUGUCGCUGACGACGGACGAUUAUCUGUUCAUCGUGUUUGUCGGCUUCGUAGUCUCGAUCGCCUCCGUCGCAACCAACUUCCUCCUGGGGAUAACAGCCAAUUACUGUCACCGCUGGAGCAAGGCCAGCGAAGACGAGGAGAUGUAA